UACCGCGACACCGAGGCGCUGCGCGAACUGGGGGUCACCCACUACCGCUUCUCCAUCUCCUGGGCGCGGGUCCUCCCCAACGGCCGCGCGGGCGCCCCCAACCGGGAGGGCCUGCGCUACUACCGGCGCCUGCUGGGGCGGCUGCGGGAGCUGGGCGUGCAGCCCGUGGUCACUCUGUACCACUGGGACCUGCCCCAGCGCCUGCAGGACGCCCAUGGCGGCUGGGCCAGCCGCGCUCUGGCCGACCUCUUCAGGGACUACGCGGAGCUCUGCUUUCGCCACUUCGGCGGGCAGGUCAAGCACUGGAUCACCAUCGACAACCCCUACGCGGUGGCCUGGCACGGCUACGCCACCGGGCGCCUGGCCCCCGGAGUCCGGGGCGGCGCGCGCCUGGGGUACCUGGUGGCGCACAACCUGCUGCUGGCCCACGCCAAAGUCUGGCACCUCUACAACACUUCGUUCCGCCCCAUGCAGGGGGGCCAGGUGUCCAUCGCCCUGGGCUCCCACUGGAUCCGGCCUCGAAGAAUGAGCGCCCACGCCAUCGCGGAAUGUCAGAGAUCGCUGGACUUUGUGCUCGGCUGGUUUGCCAGGCCCGUCUUCCUCGACGGCCGCUACCCCGACAGCAUGCGGAGCAACCUCUCCUCGCUCCUGCCGGAGUUCACGGAAUCCGAGAGGAAGCUGGUCCGGGGCACGGCGGACUUCUUUGCUCUCUCCUUUGGACCCGUCUUGAGUUUCCAGCUCCUGGACCCUCACAUGAAGUUCCGGCAGGCAGAGUCUCCCAGCCUGAGGCAGCUCCUCUCCUGGGUCGACCUGGAGUUCAACCACCCCCCGAUUUUCAUCGUGGAGAACGGCUGGUUUGUCUCGGGGACCACCGCGAGAGACGAUGCCAAGUACAUGUAUUACCUCAAGAAGUUCAUCAUGGAGACCUUGAAAGCCAUCCGACUGGACGGGGUCGACGUCAUCGGCUACACGGCCUGGUCCCUCAUGGACGGCUUCGAGUGGCACAGAGGCUACAGCAUCAGACGCGGGCUCUUCUACGUUGAUUUCCUGAGCCAGGACAAGAGGCUGCUGCCCAAGUCCUCAGCCCUGUUUUACCAAAACGUGAUCGAGAAAAACGGCUUCCCACCUUUGCCAGAAAACCAGCCGCUGGAAGGGACCUUUCCCUGUGACUUUGCGUGGGGAAUUGUUGGCGACGACGUGCCAGUAAGUUACAUCCACCACUACAUCAACGAGGCGCUAAAAGCGCACAUCCUGGACGGCGUGGAUCUUCGCGGCUACUUCGCCUACGCCCUGAGUGACCGCAGCGCGCCCAGGUUCGGCUUCUACCGCUACGCCGCCAACCAGUUCGAGGCCAAGCCGUCCCUGGAGCGUUACCGGGAGAUCAUCCGCCGGCGCGGCUUCGGGGGCCCCGGGGGGCUGGGGGCGCCCUGCCCGGGGCUGCUGGACGACGCGUGCCCCGAGUGCGGCCUCUCCCAGAGCCGGAAGGCCCUGCUGGCCUUCAUCGCCUUCCUGCUGUCCGCCUUCGUCCUCUCCCUCUGCCUGCUUUUUUACUACUCCAGGAAAUAGUGCGCACCCCCGCCCCGCGCAUGCGCCCCGUCCCCGUCCCCCCACCUCUCGCACGCGCGCCCCUCCAAGCCGCAUGCACGCCCCUUAGGCGCACGUGCCUUUCUCGCGCAGCGCAGCGCAUGGGAUAAAGCCACCAACGAGUCCACUCGCAGCCUAGCGCUUAACCUUUGCUCCACCACGUGCAGGUGCCCGUAAAACAUUCAGUCAUGUUCAUGGUGAUCAGGUGUAUUCUUCUAUCCAGAUCCAACCAGACCCCACCACGGAGGAGGGGCUGGUGGGUUUGAAUCGCUGACCUUGUAAUGACUGGCUGACCAUCUAACCCAUAUCCUCACCAGGACUCCUGAAAAGCAAACCCCCCACUCCCUGCUGUCGAGUCGAAGCAGACCACAGUGAGCUGCCUGCAGGACAGGGCAGGACGGCCCCUGUGGGUUUCCAGGCCUUUGACUCUUGACUGGAACAGACCGCCCUCGGAGCGGCUGGUGGGUUUGAUGCUCUGACCCUGCUAGACCCACUGCGCCCCCAAGUUCCU